AAGCCACAAAGUCAUGUUAAGCUGUUAGGCACUCUCUUGAGAGUGCCCAAGGUUGCGAGCAAGCAAACAGCCUAGGUUGUGGCUUCUGAGCCACAACCUCGGUACUAGUACGAGUACGGGUGAACACCCUGUUGACGCCAGCGGCGAAGUGUGGGACACCAUGCGCGGGUAAGGAGGGGGGCUAGGAACGUUGGGUGAUCGGGUAUGAGUAUGGAGCUCACCACAAGCCGUGCCAAGCGUGGCGCCUUGGCGAAUAUCAUGCUCCCUCACCAUCGCGAGUUCUCUGGCAUCCGGUGGACAGGAACAACAACCUGCAACUUCUUGACAAUGCAUUUCAACUGCAAGAGAAUACAACUCCUCGUGGCAUUAAGCUUGCCCAUCGCUACCGCUUUUCAAGACACUUCCCCAUUUAUCCUAUACUCCUCUUCAAAGUCAGUCUUUCCGCCCCCCCCUCCCCACAAGUCUCGCACCCAGCCCCCCUUUAACCCACAUUCAGGUUCGAGAAGCCGAGCGCUUCCUCUCAGAUAGCCACAACAGCAGUGGUUUCCUCGAUCUCCCGGGAUAUCAUAAAACUAUGCGCGUCUGAGGCCUAUAUCCUCGUCCAACAGUCCGGAGCCCACGCAAGCGAUUUCGCCUCUUCCAAAGCCGCUCCUACCCUCUAUGCGGCCUCACAGGCCGCAGAGGGAAGCUCGUUUACGGUGGAUAACGUCUAUGAACAGGACGUGGAUGCGGAGAGCCUUACGGAGAUAAUGGCGAGGUAUGCUGAGGAGAUGUGUGAUGCUGAGAUCGAGGAGGUUGACGCGAAGAGUAUGUGUUUCUUGGGGUGUGGGAUGCGGGGAGGUUAUGUGAAGUUAACAUGUGCUAGCGGGCUCGUUUGGCGGAUUUAAUGAUAUGAAGCCGAAGGUUAUUCGCGUCGACUUUGCCGAGUUACCCACAGAGAGAAAGGCCAGGAUGAAGGCAUUGAGAGAGAAUGGUGAGUGCUGGACCUAUGGAAUUUUCAUGGGCACUAUUCUAAUCGCUACAGACUCUUUCCUACAAUCCAUCAUUUCGCUUAUCCCUACAUCGAGAUACACACUUAUAUACACAACCACCCCCCUCUCCACCCAGUUUAACAUCCAAUCAACUCCUUCGGGCGAGCUUAGACGUCGUGAAGAUCCCAAAAAUACUACACGACCCGCUGUUGGUAGCUUGUUCUCACGAUAUCAGUUCUUUACUCCGGGCAUUUUCAUGGGCUACCUUGCGGGAUUCUUUCUCUUGGCUAUUCUCUACGUUGCGAUUAGCUCAGUCUCCAGUCUGACAGUUACCUAUGGUGCAUUCGAGAAGGAGAUGGGACCGGCGGCCCAGAAGAAGCAGCAGUAA